AUGAACAGCGACACACAUUCAACGACCCCCACAGCAAACAUUGCCGACAUUCUACACUCUCAUGACCACCUCACACCACCAGAACCAGCAACGACAACGGACUCAUUAGCCCAGCACGAGGGACGUGUGACCAACGAGACUUUGGCCACGGUAGGGCCUGUUGCUGCAGAGCUCGCACAAGAGUUCAGUAUAGAGUCCCUCUCUGCCCCUGCAGUCAAGGAAGCACAGGGUCAGAUCCAGACUGUGGCACUCCAAAUGGAUGGGAUCAGAACUCAAGUCGGUCAGAUCAAGGAUCAAUUACCAGGACUAAACCAGCAGACAGUAGCGCUUAUCGAAGGAGCUGAGGCAAUGGAGCGAAUGUACAAGCAGAUCGAUGCACUGGCGAUCAUGGUCGAAAGCGUAGCGGCAACUGUUCAGGAUGUGAAUGCCUCGAUGGACCAGGCAGAGCGCGAUUUGACCUCGUCCGCAUUACAACCGCUUCAGGCGGUGCUGGAAACCCUUAAAAUGGGACCAAAGGGAUUCCGGUAG